AUGGAUAAACAAGUUGAACAGAGGAUACUUAACAAAGAGAAGAGACUUGAUAGAGGCAUCCAGACACGACUUUAUGAAAAUUCAACAAACAGAAAGAGGAAGCCUGGCAAGGACCUUGUGCUUAAUUUCUGCUUCCUUUCAAGUGAGAUUGUAAGAAUGGUUCUUAAGAAUAUGCUGAAAAAGAUCCCUAUUUCAUUUGAUGAUGUCCAGUCUCUAAAUUUACAUGAGUUUUGGAAUGAAAGGUCAUUUAAGAAAGUACUAGAGAGGCCUUUUACUAAAGAAAUAUCUCAAUGUUACAUAAACUUUAAUAGGCACAAUUUUUUGAUUGCUAAAGUUAACUUUAGAAAUAUUUUCAAAUAUCUUUCUUUGGUAACAAAAAAAUUUAUUUUAUCAGGCUUGUUGAUAAAUCAGAAAACUUUAAGAAAAAUUAUUCAAAUUGGGAGGCAUAUUGAAACAAUAAGCUUUGGAGAUUGAAUAAUAAGAUUUAAUAUUUUUGAAUUAAGCAACUGAAUAAAUUAUUCUAUCAAAGAAAUCAAAAUAAUUGUUUGAAAUGGUCAAGAAGUUGAAUAUUGGAAUCAGCAUCCUCGAAAAAUAUUAUAUCUAUUGCAAACCUUCUCAAAGACCAAUCUAAAAGAAUCUUUAAAGAAAUUGGAAUUCAAUGUCCCUUGAUUCACAGCAAACAUUCAAAUUUGGGCUAAGGAAACAGGAAUGAAUAAUACCAGUUGAUCAAUUAAUAACUAA